UUCAUGUGCUUCAGUCUGACACAGAAAAGGAACCGCCUGGUUUCAUUAGUCAUACGACUGCCUCCCUGCAGAGCCUGUAACUCGUGGUGGGACACCUCUCGCAAACCCUGUUCAAAAACUUUCCCUCAACUUUUCUACUGGGCAAAGUUACUUUAAAAAAAAAGAAAAGAAAAAGCAAAAGGCACACUUUUUUGUGUGUGUUUGCUGGAGAAAGGGCGUAAAACUUUCUCGGUGAAAGAAAGUUAACCUGUCCAUCCAUCCUUCCAGCGUUCAGUCUUGCUGCUUGCAUCUGCCAACAAUGACGCGAAGAUCCUGCGCUAUCUACACGGUGGGGGCCAUCUGCGCCCUCCUGCUGGUCAGUGGAAUCGCCUUGAUGGUGGCUCAAGUAUUCCGCAAUUUGAUGCACAAACGCCUGAAAAAGGAAAUUGUUUUAGUGGAAGGUAGCCGCGUGUUCGAGUCAUGGAAAGCCCCUCCCCCUCCUGUCUUCAUGGAGUUUUUCUUCUUUAAUGUGACCAAUGUAGAAGAGAUCCUUAAAGGGGAAAAACCGGAAGUCAAGCAGAUUGGACCCUACACCUACAGAGAGUACAGGUAUAAGGACAAUGUCACCAUGUUGGACAAUAAUACAAAGGUGUCGGCGUACAAUGCCAAAAGCUUUGUGUUUCUGAGGGAUAAGUCUGUUGGUGACCCAGAUGUCGAUAACAUCACCACUGUCAACAUCCCCCUUUGGGCUGCAAUGAACAAGGCCCAGGGAUACAAGAGCUUUCUUUUGAACUUCAUGAUAACCAGCACCAAAAGUCAUCCCUUCACCACUCGAACUGUUCAGGAAUUACUUUGGGGUUAUGAAGAUGCUUUGUUGAACCGCAUAGCCUCAUCCGGUACUGAUGUGGAGAGGGUUUUCGGCCUCAUGUACAAGAAAAAUGAAAGCAGCGACGGAGAAUUUGUCUUCCACACAGGAACGCAGAACUACUUAGAUUACGCACGCAUCGAAACGUAUAAAGGGGAAAGGAUGCUCAAAUACUGGUCAACUAAUGAGAGCAACCGCAUCCUUGGAUCAGACGGAAGUGCUUUCCAUCCCUUGCUAAACAAGAGCGAACGUCUUUAUGUCUUCUCUCCAGACCUGUGCAGGUCUAUCUACAUGGAGUUUGAGAAGGACGUUGAGGUGAAAGGACUCCCCGCCUACCGCUUCACACCUCCCCGCUCUGUUUUGGCCAGCAAGGAAGAGAACCCGGCCAACGAAGGUUUCUGCGUCACCCCUACAGAGUGCCUGGGAACUGGGGUCCUCAAAGUCAGCCCCUGUCGGCAAGGUGCCCCCGUUGUUGCCUCUUUUCCUCAUUUCUACCUGGGAGAAGAUAAAUAUAUAGAAGCGAUUGGAGGAAUGUCUCCUCAAAGGCAUCAUCACCAAACGUUUUUAGACCUCAACCCGACAACUGGAGUGGUUGUGCGUGCAAGCAAAAGAGCUCAGGUUAACAUCUUGAUCAACAGAAUCUUUGGAUACCCAGACACUAAAUCAUUGAAAGAAACAAUCUUCCCUGUUAUGUUCCUCAAUGAGAGUGUGGAGAUCGAUGAUGCCUCAGCAGCGAAGGUGAACAAGCUGCUCAUGAUUGUCAAUGUGGGCUCCAACUUCCCACUCAUUAUUAUGGGACUAGGCGGGAUAAUGCUUAUUGUCUUCAUCGUCCUCCUGAUCAGGGCCCAUCAACAGAAGAAAAGAGUUAAGCGCAUUGUGUUUACCAAGGCUGCCUAUGCUACCACGAAUGAAGAGGACACCUCCUAUUCACCAGUCAACACUAAGGAGAAGGACGAUAGCCAAAAUGGAAACUACAUUGGCAUGACGACUAAAACAGAGCAAUAAACCUGGGAAAGAAGGACAGGAUGGAGCUGCGAGACAGGGCGGUGUGGCAUCCUUUUUCAUUUUAAGCACAAUGUAUUAAAUUUCCUUGGUUAAGCACAUGCCACCUACAGUCCAGGUGUAGCCACCGGGAUCCUAAAAGCUUUCCCUUUUUAGGUUAUGUGCCACCAAUCUGUUUUUAACUGGCUGGAUUCUUGUCUCAGUCAGAGCUCAGUGCUGUCAGAUUAUGACGUGCUCCUAAGCCAGGCACCAAGUGUUAUUUAGGGAAGCAGCUCAUUGGUAUCUGUAAAUGUAGUAUUUGUAAACCAGAGUCGUCGCUCUCAGGGGGUCUCCUGCCAAGCUGCUGUCAAACAUUAUUGAGAGACACAAAACUGCAAGCAAUCUCUGUUUUUCUAAAGACAUUUCAAUCAGUUCAGUGUCAUUUUGUCCAAUUUCCCUUUGAUUCACUCAGUGUUGCAAAAACAUUUAUUAUUUUAUAUGUAUAUGUAGUCAAUUUAGGACUACCUACAUAUAGUCAUGAUGUGAAGUGAGUUUCUUGUAUAUACUGGGGGAGUUGAACAACUUUUUGUUGUUGUUAGCAUGUGACCGGGACAAAACUCAAACAAAACAAAGUGUAUUUGGAUUGUUCAAAUUUUGUAAAGUUAGGCAUUUCAUGCAGUUUUUACUGUAAAUGUUUAUGUAGAAAUAUUUGAGUAUAGAACAUUUCAAGCCCUUAAAGUGAUAACUCAGGAUUUUUGCGGAAAAAGUUUUGCUUGAAGGUUUUCGCUAACAUCUAAUCUGCAGUAGAUAAGUAUCCUAAUGUAUUUAUUUAAAGUGAAUCCAGGUUAAUUAAUACAAGAAGCGAAAGGUGACGGCAAGCCCAAAAAAACUCCCUUCACUCCCUAACAGUAUUUUGAGAACUCUUAAACGGUUUUAUAUUUUACAUCAGACAUUUAUUUACAGAAAACUAUAUGAUUAGUUUGACAAGAAGUCAACAUAGGAAUGGCACAUUUGAAGCUUUUCAAGUCAAAGUAGCUGCAUAAUAGAAAAGUCAAGCAGA